AUGGAGGCCGAAACCCUCGACCAGAUGCAGGCGCGACACCGCAAGGAGCAGCGCGACCUCGUCGGACGAAUCACCAGCAAAAAGAAGAACGCAACAAAAAAGUCACGCAAGGGUGUCAACGAGGAGUGCGCUGAUAUGGAGAGGCGGCUCAAAGAGAAGCAAGAAGAGGAGCUCGCGGCCCUGACCGGCGGCGGCGCAGACGUUAACGAGGAAGUGGUGGAGGAGGUGGCAGACGCCCUGGCAAAUGACGAUACGGCCGCGGUCGCGGACAAGCUCAAGGAGACCUCCAUCUCGGAAGCCACCCCAUCGACGGAAGACGAUACCCAAACACAGGACCAGGGGCAAGGCAAGAAGCGCAACAGGCAAAAGGAGCGCAUGGCGCGGCGCGCGGCGGAGAUCGAGGCCGCGGCCGCAAAGGCCGAGGAGGAGGCGCGGGGCAUGACGGACCACCGCGGCGCCGAGAAGACGUACAUGCUCAAGGAGUUCAAGACGCACUCCCUCGCCGAGAAGGAGAUCGCACCGGACGGGCACUGCCUCUUCUCCGCGGUGGCGGACCAGCUCGCGCAGUGCGGCAUCCCGCUGACAGCCACCGCCGCGGCCGCCGCGCAGCCGCCUUACAAGGUCGUCCGAACGGCGGCGGCGGAGUGGAUGACGGCCCACCCGGACGACUUCGCGCCGUUCCUCGAGGAGGACCUGGAGGCGUACGCGCGCAAGAUCCGCGACACGGCGGAGUGGGGCGGGCAGCUGGAGCUCGCGGCGCUGGCCAACGUGUACGGGGUCGAGAUCCGCGUCGUGCAGGACGGGCGGACAGAGAGGAUCGGGCCGAGCGCUGGGAACAUAGACGGCGCCGCCAGCGAGGAACCCGGGGCGGCGGGGAAGGAGAUCUGGCUGGCGUAUUAUCGGCACGGGUACGGGCUAGGCGAGCAUUACAACUCCUUGCGGAAGACGGCGUGA